CAGGUGCACAUACUUCCGAACUGCCCACGACAAAGCACAUAAAGAGAUAACUCUAACUGUUGCAGCGUCGAAACUUGUGUUUAAGAGGCCGUCGGAGUGUGAGGAGCGCUCGCGCCUCCGCUGCGCCUCCAGCCCACCACUUUGCCUGUCUUUCGCGGUCUGGCUAUGCAGACAAAGCAUAUUGGAGAUGCAGCCUAUUUUACCAGAGCACAGCUUGAAGCUACCAACCCAAGUAGGCGUGAGGGAAUCGAUGCGGUCGCCGAGGCCAGGUGGCGCUCCACCACAUCAAAGCUUGUUAAGACGGCAAUUAAAACCCUUAAACUACCUGACUGGGUCUACGAGACCUCGAUGAACUACAUAAACCGCUUCUUCUUGACGCGGUCUAUCAGCAAGAACGACCGGCACCUGGUGGUCGGUGGCGCCAUUCUGCUGGCUUCGAAAGUUCAGGAGAGCCCUCGCUCGGUGCAGGACGUCGCGUACGUCCUCCUGCAGCUUAAGAAUGCCAACAAGCAGAAGCCGCAGCAGGGCCCCGACCAGACCACAUUGGAGCAGUUUAUGGAGGGAGUCGUGCUGGCUGAGCAGGCCAUGCUGUUCUCCAUGAACUUCAACCUGAACGUGGAGACGCACGUCAGCCUGGCCCGCCGCCUCCUUGAGCCGCUCGACCUCUGGGCCAAGACCAACCCGACGCCCGAAGAGGCCGAGGCAAACCAGUUGAAGCUAGGCCUUUACUCGGCCAUGACGUUCUUCCUCAACGACAGUGCGCUGACCAACCUGUCGCUUCAGUACCCGAACUCCAAAGUUGCGCCUGUGGCGCUGGUCAUGGCAGCUAAACGCAUCGUGGCAUUACGCUAUGCGGGCAAAGAGAUUCCCGCGCAGCUGCAGCGUGUUCUGGCGCUGGCCAACGAUGCUGAGUGGUUUGCCUCCAAGGGGCUCACUCUGGAAACCGCUGCAGGAAUCGAGUCGCAGAUUAACGAGCUGUACGCGACGGCGCCGGCCGCCCCGGCCUCCAACCAACAGCAGCAGCAGCGCCAGCAGCAGCAACAGGCGUCUCAGGCUGUCCGGAGCCAGCAGGUAGCGGCCUCAGCGUCCGCACAGCCGCAGCAGCAACAGGCACCGGCGAGCGCAUCGGAGGCUUCACGGCAGCAGCAGCAGCACCAGACGCAGCAACCCCAGGCUGCAGGCGCCCUGGCAGCGCCCCAACGGCCGUCUGACGGCGGCAGCGGCUGCGACGGGGUAGGUAACGAUGGGAGAGGCGCCCCCGCAUCAUGCCCGGAUGGGCAAACGCAGCAGCAGGCAGCGGGGGCUGCGACGUCCUCCGGUCUCCCGGUUGCUGCGCCCAUGAUGCAGCAGCAGACGGGGCAUAUGGAGGAGGCCACGUCAGCAGGUCACCUCCACCCCAAUGCUCCUGACGCCUGCUGCUGCGCGGCGCCCCAAGCCCCUGGUUCGCCCCCUGCGGCCGCCGCGGACCACACCGCCGCGGCCACUGCGACCCCCUCCUGCAAACGCGAGGAGCAGCAGCAGCAUGGGUACGAUCAUGAGCCGCGGCAGCCCACGUCCUCGGCCGCAGCAGGGCCGCCGGCUGCCGGGGCGAUGGCAGGCGGCACGCCGGAGCAGCCGCACCCCCCUUCCCCGCAUCCGCACCCCCACACGCAAUCGCAUCAGCACUCCCCCUCCACGCUUCACCAACACCCCGCACAACCGCACCACCAAACCCCUCCUCUUCAGCCACAACAGCAACCUCUUCAGCCACAACAGCAACAGCCAUGCAGCGCUCGGAAGCGCAUCAGCGAUGGUGACGAGUGCUUGGCGGGAGAGCAGCAGGCGACCUCAGAACUGCACCCCUCGCCGCAGCAGCAGCAACAGCCACUCCAGCAGCAGCAUCCCGAGCAGCAGCACCGCCACGACGGCGGCGGCAAUGUCGGUGGUGGCAUGCACGAGGAGGAUUCCGCCAUUGAGAAUUGCAGUCCCAACGGCCUGACGACGGGCAACGCCUCAGGCAGCGGCUGCGGGCAUGCCGAGGGUCAGCCCGAGGUCUGCAGCCGCGCCGACGCGCUCAGCCAACAACAACAGCAGCAGCGGUGCACGGGAGGAGCGGCUGCGGCGGGCGUGGGUGUGAUGGGUUGCUCUGGGCAGUACGCUGCAGGGCAGGUGCAGCAGCCCCAGCAGCAGCAGGAAGGGCUGCUGCGGGGAGGAAAGCGCGGCCGCAUGGAGGGAGAGCCUUCUUCGGAACUAGCGGAACUGGAAGUGCAUGGUGGCAGCAGCGGUGUCGAGGGAAGAGACGGCUGCAUGUUGAUGAUGAUGAUGCCGCCAGCGUUCAAGGCCCGGCGACUGGAGGAGGCCGGCGCGGCGUAAGAAACGUGCAGCUAAAUGCCUUGUGGAUGGAGCUGUGUGGCUGUGUGUGUUUGGUCGUUUAGCGGGCAAGACCGACGUAUUUCACAGCGGGCAAAGCAGUGGCAGAUCACGCGGUCGAGGCAUGGAUGGCCUGCAUGCAUCGUCUUUCAGUACUUGCUGGCGUGCACGGGUCGUGGCGUUUGGUGUGCGCCACGACGCGUAGCAGCAGCAGCAGGUCGCAACCCUCAUCCCCCUGGCCAUGCCACGUCCAAGGGCUUGUGGGGACACCGAGCACGAGUCUGGCAGGGCUACCAGCGCCGACGGUACACGACGCGCCUGGUACCUCCCUACGCAAGCAUUCGUUCCUUCCAACACUUUUUGUCAUCCUCCCACUGCGCGUGAAACUGUGCCAGCAUGGUUCAUGCUGGGGUGGUGUGCUAGGCACAGAUGAAUACAACCAUCAGCUGCGCCCCCUCGGCCCUUCACCCAUCAUCCUUCCCGUCCUGCCUCCUGCCUCGUUUCAAAGAUAACGAAUGCGAAGGUGCCAACAGCCGUAUGGACACCUGUCAGGUUUCUCAGGGUUCGUGGCCUUGUGAAUUCCCUUUUGGCGCCUUGCACUUGCGCGCCUUGCGGUUUAGCGGCUGGCACCGCAAUCUUGCAGUUUCCACCGUGUUUUGUAGUGGGAAGUCUGUGAUGGCAGAGUCACCACUGUCGCUUUGCGGGUGUUGUGCAUGUAUGGGUUGUUGUCGUGUGUGACGUGGCCUGCCACGAUCAGGGGACAUUGCAGCGCUGCCGGGUGUGCAUCCGCAGAUUGCCUUGGGUGAGGUUGAGAGGAGAAGAGAGGAGAGGGUGACAGGGGACAAGAAACGCGUGUUACGGCGGUAGUAUGGAGGCCUUAUGGAUGCGUCUGUGAUUGUGGUGUGGUUGCAUUUUCGGACUCUGCCGAGGCUACUUACGGACGAGAGGAAAGAGGGUCAUGAGGUAUGAUCCGCAUGAGCAUUACCCCAAGGGCGGUGCUGCUUGGUGCCUGUGUUGCAAGCUCUGAAGGGUCGUUACAGCCAUGGGGGCAUGGAGGGCUUCCCGAGCAGAUUCGGUCUGUGGAUGGGGGUAAGUAGACAAGGAGAGGUUCUCUCUCUGUCUGCGUGCGUGCGCUGGAUGGGACAAACGAACGAGGACAUAGCCGGCUGUGGGUUUGGCUGGAAACGGUUGGAACACACUGCAUCUUUUCAAUGUUGUUGGGAUGAACGGUAUUGGAAAUACCGGGCUUUCCGUGGGAGGAGGGCAUGCGCACCGCCGCUGGUGCUGCGGCCACCACCACCACCACAUCGCCGCUGCUGCUACUGCUGUGCCUAUAAUUUAAAAAAACUAAAUAGAGUGUUUAUACACGGGCACUGUUGCCUGGUGCCUUCCUAGAUCCGAUUUGUAGACGUGGUGACCGGAGUUGUCGAUGAUUGUUUGUGGCGGCGUCGCUUCUGUGGCCCCUUCCCCUUCCGGGGCCCUUGGCGUCCUCCUGUCAAAGAGAGAUUUCAGCAGGCCAUGUGGGAUGUGCAUCCUUUCAGAGUAUAUUUGGACGCACAUGCGUGGCAAAUUGUUUGGUUUUGUGCUUGUGUGUAGAGGCAUAGACACGAGAGGUGUGAGAGAUUAAAGAUUUCCCAUAAAAGUAGGACCGAGCAAACCGCUUACUAUUUCUUGGUGCAAUUUGUUGCUUUUCUUGUACGGCUAAAACAAAACCAUAUAGGUCCUCAGGCGAGAGGCCCUUAUAAAAAGAAGUCCGUCGUCGGUCCUUUCAUGGUGGCGCGGACAAGAUUAAUCUUACUGGCUCGUCUGUUUGGGGGAACGGAACCUCAACAGCACAGCAGCAGAUUGUGAAGAUGCGGGUGGCUUUUGCUUGCAAGCGUACGGUAUGUUGCUUUUCCGUGGAUGUCGGGGUGGUGGCAAACCAAACAUGUGCUUUGUGUGCAUGUGUGUAUGUUGCAUUGAAGGGGCGAACCAGGACUGCUUGCCCCAUGUGUGGCGUCAUAGCUCGAAGGGAGCUGUAAGAGUAACCCACAUGGCCAAGUUGGGCCGCGAUUGCUCUUCGCCUUGCCUCGGCUGUUCAUCGCCAGUCGUUGUGGUGCAGGGCACGCAGGUUUUAAGCACUGACAGGAG